GUGCGCGAGGAUUUCUGCAAGCUGGAGCCGGCUUUCGCCGAGAAGGUCGCGUCGCGCAUCGGCAGGUCCACGCACGGGGCGCUGAAGAUUGGUCGGCGGGGGCCGCAAGUGUCCGGCGCGCGGCGACGAGCUGCUGAGACGCGCCCACCGCCUGCGCAGGUCACUUAUCAUCCCAUCGUCAAGCUGAGCGACGGGUCGUUUGUGCGCAGGCGGUGCGCCAGGCGAACGAGCUGUCGCACGGCGGCGGCGGGGAACUUCUACCUGCGUUCCCCGUGCCAGGCGAGCCGCUUGGACGCGCUCCGAGCUGAGGCCAUGAUUCAGUUCGGAGGUGGUUCCGAGGUCCAGAUUUCCGCCGCUGGCGCGUUCGCAAUGAAUGCCCUUGACAAAGCACGCUGCCCUGAAUACCCUGGGCGUGACGAGCGCAAGCUGGUCUCGGAGUGUGCUGUUGCGGAUAUUCAUGCAUGCAAUGAGCACCGUCUCAGACGAGCAGAGCCGACCCUCUUUUGCGAGGUAUGCAUGGCUUGGUCUGGGAGCGGAUUUUCGAAGCAGUUGCUGGCUCGAUGCGAUGGUGUUCCAUGUGGAGAGGGCCGUGGCAAGAUCUUCCUCUCCACCUUUAACUCGAGGAGGAAGCGGCUAUUGCGAGGCAUGCGUUGCAGGUUCCUGGCGUUGUUGCCCGUGGCGGUUCGGGUGCUGUGCUCCUUGCUGGCCUUGCUUAUGGGCAAGAACCUGGCGCUGGUGCAGGGAGUGGUUCUGUGCUCCCUGCUGGCCUUGCGAACCUGCCGCUGGUCCAGGGAGUGGUUGAGGCCACGCCGUACGCGGGCUGUCAGCUGGGACAAGUUCGACGGUUGGUGUCUGAUCGCCGUCGUUCUUCUGUGCGAACCCAGUUUCUUCAUCGACCCGCUGCGCGAGCUGCCCAGCGGCGCAGCACCCUGUGACCAUUCUCUCUGUGUCAUGGGCAAGAAGCCAGCUCAGCAGUAUGCGUGGUGCUCGUGUGGAGAGUGGACCUACAAUUGGAGGAUCGAGGAGCUUGGUGGCAAAUGUCUGUUCUGCAAGAAGCAUCUUGAGGUGUUUAAGCCCAAGAAGAAGUACCCGAAGUCCGAUGGCGGAGGCAUCCCGCCAUGGAGAGAGCCAUCGCCAAUUUCAUUCCGAGACUUUCUCCCUGAAGAGCUUCGGGCGACGCCUGCCGCGCAAGCGUUGCAGGCCGAGAUCGACAAGGCAGAGCACGAGAAGCAGCAGAAGGCCACCAAGGACCCGUCCGCGGCGAAGCAGGCUAUGCUCAGGGCGGAUCGCAUCGCGGAGCAGGAAGAGCAGCGCCUCAUCAAGACGGCCAACAGGCUCUUGGAAGCGGAGCAGGCGCUGGAGGAGGCCAAGAGGGCCCACGACCUCCAGAUCGAGACCUCCCUCGCCGCCGAAGCCGAGCGUGCGAAGGCCCACGACGACUACUGGCGUUUGGACCCGACACCCAGACGCCACGAACCCAAGGAUUCAGCUGCAGUCUUCUUCGAGGUCGAUUCCGCCCUCUUCGAGAACAUCGAUGAGUAUGAGGACUCUGUGCAGGAGUCACUACGGCAAUGGCAGGCUGAAGUCGCCCGCCACCAGCAGGAGCUUCAAGAGGGCCAGAAGCGCUUCGAGGAGCUCCUCAAGAGUAUCAAGGCGGCCGUCGAGGAGCCCGCCAACAAGAAGAGGCGCACCCCUGAGGGUGCGGUGCACGGUGCGACCCCGGCGGCGCGCGCUGACGCGCCAGCCAAGCAGGCCCCGCCGACGUCGCCAGCCCCCCCCAUUGUGCCGCCUCCAGUCAAGGCGGCGCCUGCCAAGGUGCCUGCUUGCCCGCCAGCCAAGGGUGCAGGCGCAGCGGCGGCAGAGGCACCGUCGGCGGCCGAGCGCACGGCCAACCUCCUCACGGAGGAGCAGGCCACCGCUGCUCGUGAGGCCAUCUCCCAGAACGCCAAGGAGGCAGCGGCCGCGGCGAAGAAGACAGGGAAGCCCGCCACUCUCUCAGCUGCGAAGGAGGGCCUCAGGCAGGGACACAUCGUCACGGCUGGCAAUGUGCACUUCACCUGCGACCAGGGCACCAAUGGCGGCAUGUUCGACUAUGCAUUAGUGAAGGAUGGAUACCAGGGCUUUGUCAAUAUUCAGGCGGUACUCACAGUUCCUUGGAGACCGCAUGCUGGGCUGGAGAUUACCAUAGCAGGGUUCAGCAGCAAGUGGUGGCACCGCAGCAUUACCUUGAUCCCCGCGCUGCCCGCAUACUCCAAGCCAAAGCUCCAGCCCCAGGCAGACAGCAAGCGUAGCAAGCAGAAGAAAAAGCAGACUCAACGGCGAGCUGAAGUACUCCCAGAAAAGCUGCAGGAUGCGUUCAUGGAGAUGAGCCAGGAGCAGGACGGCCAAGAACCGACCCAACCGAAGUUCCACAUUCUUGAGGACAAUUGGACUAUUGGACUCGCUCAGGCGGACGCUUUAUUGAUGGAGGGACUUGAUUUCACCUCCCAUCCCAUCCCAGUCACUCAGGUGUUGGCUCGUGACUUGGAAGGGCAGCACCAGAUAGAUUGGCAUUACGCGAGAUGGGUCACGGCCUUGGAGGAGACUAUUCUCUCUGUCGAGCCAGCGCCCCAGCGACAUUGCACGGGCAGACGCAACGGGUUCCAACUUCAAUGGGAAGUUUCUAAGUCAACCCCAGGGCGAGUCCAUGUGGAAGAUAAGCCUGCUGAGUUAUGGGGUGUGAUGUCGACCUUGGUCUCACGACUGCGCAAGCUGGUCGCCAAAGGUCUUGACCCAGAGCAGCAGAAUGAUAUACUCAGGCGCCUGAAAGAAAUUGGUUCUGGCAUCCUCAAGGGCACGCCACUUCAGUACUUCGGCAAGAACAGCGAUGCGGAUCGCGAAGAAUGGAUUGACAUCUACAGCAGGCUGUGUAACGUAGACCAGGCGCAGAUCCAGGCUGAGUACUCCACAGUUAUGGCUAUGAAGAAGGCCAGUUCGGCCCCGACGCCAGACCACUCCGACCUCGACCCAGGCAUCCUGAAGCUCAUCAGCCGCACUCCACACUUCCAGUGCUGGCCA